GGAGGAGGAGGAGGGAGGUGGCACAGGGAGGAGGGAGCGCUGGGAGGAGGAGGGAGCAGCCCGGGGGCCGCGGAGCGAGGAUGCGGCAGCCGCCGGGAGCGGCGGGGCUGUAGCCGCCCGCGGCCCCGGAGCCCAUGGGCUGUGCCCGCCGUUCUCUGAGUGUCAUAGGACUUCGGCAGAGUGGGCCAUGAUGUUAUGGUUUGUGGUUGGUGCCCUCUUCCCAGUGCUGCUCCUGGCUGCACCGCCCCCCAUCAACAAGCUUGCUCUCUUCCCGGACAAGAGCGCAUGGUGCGAGGCGAAGAACAUCACACAGAUCGUGGGGCACAGUGGCUGCGAGUCCAAGUCCAUCCAGAACAGGGCUUGCCUGGGACAGUGCUUCAGCUACAGCGUCCCCAACACCUUCCCUCAGUCCACGGAGUCCCUGGUUCACUGUGACUCCUGCAUGCCUGCCCAGUCCAUGUGGGAAAUCGUGACACUGGACUGUCCAGGCAAUGACGAGAUCCCCAGAGUCGACAAGCUGGUGGAGAAGAUCCUUCACUGUAGCUGCCAGGCUUGUGGGAAGGAGCCGAGCCACGAAGGAGCCCUGUUCAACGUCUACCUGAACGCAGAGGAGAACAUGCCUGCUGAAGGCCCUGGCCCCCACCACUAUGCCCACCACCAGCAGGAGAUGGAAGAACCUCCUGCCUCCAGCCACCACCACCACCACGAGGAGGAGAGCGAGGAGUGACUUGGUGCUUGCAGAUUGUCCCUGCAGCUGGCAGCGCAGGCAGGGGUGUGAGCGAGGGAGAGGGCUGGGGUUUGGGGAGGGAGGGGUGGUGGAGUCUUUCCUGUCUAAUAACUUCCCUCAUGCUUUGCUCUCUACAACACCCCGGGCUGGAGGAAUGUUGGGAGGCACAGGGAGGGCUGAGAGGUGGACGUCGGGCUGGAGCUGCAGGCAAGAGAGGAAGGCUGGGGGGUUUCUGAUGCAAAACUACUUGCACAUAAUAGUAAUAAUAUAUUGAGAGGAGCAGGAGCCUGAACGAGGGGGCUUUGGCAGAGAGCAAAGCUUGGCUGAGCUGGGCUCCUGAGGGCUGUUUGCAGGGUGGACCCAGCUGUGGAGCCUUGGCUGGGUUCUUCAGGUGUUUCUCUUCUAAAAAGCUCAUAGAUAGGGCAGAGGAAGAAGGGAUGCAGCCUCUCCACAGUCCCACAGGAGAUGCACAUCUCUCCUAGAGUAUGCAGGACAUCCCUUUUUCCUAUCUGCCCUGCCUGCCUAUGGACACACGGGCUCGGUGUGGAUGCACUGUUCCUCGUGGCACCUGCUGGAUCUUCAUCCAGCCUGAGCUCCCUCAUAUUGGGUGGCUUUUGGGGAGUGUUUUGCCCCAGAAUUUGCCUUGGGGCUGCGUACGUGAGGUUGGUGGGAACCGUGGUGGUGAGAGCCUUUUCCUUGCUGUUCUUCAGGGCUACCACAUUGCUGGGCACUGGGGUUUGGCAUUUCGUGGCCCACAGGGGAAGGCCAAGAGCUCACUCACACUGGGAUGUGAUCCAGCCCCUCUCCUCCCUCUCCCUGGUGCACUUUAAUCGUGGUGGAGGGAGAAGGAGGAUGUGUGGUGGGAUGCUGAGGUACCUUCACAGGGCUGGGGGGAGCUUGGGGUGGAGGAACAGCCCUGGGCCCCUCCUGCUGCCUCUUUCUCUCUGUUGUAUAAAGCUGGUUUCUUUGGCACUGUCCUGACAAGAGCUUCCAAUCGAUGCCUCCCCUCCUUUUAACAAGGUUUGUUUUUUCUUAAAUAAAUUAGUUCUGACUCCCA